AAAUGUUUUUGAAUUAUGUUACGGUUACAAUUUUGACCGGAUUUUUAGUUAUUUCGUCGUCUGAAUUUUUGGGGAAUGCGGCAGGAGUGUGUAAACGGGCUGGGCAGCGGCCGGCGCUCACAUGGGCCCAAGAACGCUCUCCGAAUACGUAACGACUACGGUAUGAUGGUGGACGACCGGGGCAACCUGCGGAUCCGAGGCGGGAACGUGACGGACACGAAGAACUUCCCGUACAUGGCCGCCAUCAUCAUCAACGGACGGCUGUGGUGCGCGGGCGCCAUCGUCGACGAGAACUGGGUCAUCACGGCUGCGCAUUGCUUGAACUACGUGCUCCACGUGUCGCCCCUGAAGUCGCUGGGUCAGUACGUGAAGGUGCGCGUGGGCAGCUCGCGCCCGCACGAAGGCGGCACCCUGGUGGAUGUGGUUGGAGCCGUGCGGCACCCCAAGUUCGAGGAGGAGCCGGUACCUCACGCUGACGUCGCGCUCCUUAAGCUCGCUGAGAAUCUUGAAUUCCACGACCAAGUGAACCUGAUAAAGAUUUACGAAGGAGUAAAGGAGCCGUACGCGCAGAGCUUCGUUGUUGUCAGUGGCUGGGGCGCAACAAGAGGAUCAGACACGGCCUUUCGCGACCACACGCCGGACCUUUUGACUGCCAGGCUGAAGGUCCGCACGCAGCACUACUGCGUGGAUGCAUACCAGCUUGUCAACGGAUUCCAGUUCACCCAGGACUUCUUCUGCGCGUCACUGAGGAAUGGCACCAGGGAUGCUUGUUUGAAUCCUAUUUCUACUGUGCAGGAACCAUACAGCUCGCUAUCUGUUACUUUUCAAUAA